CGGCGGCGGCGGCAGGUCUCCCUUUGCCGAGCGCCAGGCUAGGCGGAGCCGGAAGCCGGUCGAGGCUGGGCCAGCAGCGGCUGAGGAGAGCGAAGGGAGGCGGCGGCUCCUCUUUCCUCAUGGCGCUGAACCUGAGCCGGAACGGGCCGGCGCUGCAGGAGGCCUACGGGCAGGUGGUGGCGUCGGCCAGCCCCACGGACUGGGCUCUGUUUACCUAUGAGGGUAACAGCAAUGACCUGAGAGUGGCUGGGACAGGAGAUGGUGGCCUGGAGGAGAUGGUGGAAGAGCUCAAUAGUGGGAAAGUGAUGUAUGCUUUCUGCAGAGUGAAAGAUCCGAACUCCGGCUUGCCUAAAUAUGUGCUCAUCAAUUGGUUUGGUGAAGGCGUUAAUGAUGUGAGAAAGGGAGCCUGCGCCAACCAUGUCAGCUCUGUAGCAAACUUCCUAAAGGGUGCUCAUGUGACAAUAAAUGCUCGGGCCGACGAGGAUGUGGAGCCAGAUGCCAUCACAGAGAAAGUGGCCAAGGCUUCGGGAGCAAACUACAACUUUCAUAAAGAAGGGAGCAAGUUCCAGGAGGCAGGUCCUCAGACUCCAGUGGGUUCGGUCUACCAGAAAACAAAUGCCAUGUCCGAGAUCAAAAGAGUCAGCAAAGAUAGCUUCUGGGCCAAAGCAGAGAAAGAUGAGGAGAACCGCCGACUAGAAGAGAAGAGGAAAGCAGAGGAGGAGCGUCAGCGUCUGGAGAAAGAGCGCCGAGAGCGGGAAUUGCAGGAAGCAACUUUGCGCGAGCGAAGAUAUAAGGAGCGAGCCAGUGAGAUAGAUGCUCAGAAGAAAUUCCAGCAACAGCAGGAAACGGAGUCAGUCAAUAAAGAAAAACAACAGUGGAAGGAGCAGGAAGAAGACCUCAGCAAGAUGCAGAAGGGUUUCCGAAGGAGGAGUGAGUCUGUGGAGAAAGCUCAGGAAGCAGCAUCAAUAAUAGGACAAAGAUCAGUGAAUCCUCGUGACAUCUUCAAACAAAAGGAGAGGUCCAUGUCCACGGAUGGUGCAGUCGUCAGUUCCCAGCCAGGCAAGUUGCGGAGCCCCUUUCUCCAGCAGAACAGUCAAGCAGAGGCUCCCGUAUCCCCUGUCCACCCUGCCGUGCAAGAUGUUCACCCUCCUCCUGUUGUCCGUUCGUCUGUACACGAUACACCUCCAGUCUCUCCCGUUCCUGAACUUGGUGAUUCUGUCAGGCAGAACAACUACAGAUCAGGCGCUCCGACCUACGAACCGGAAGAGAAACACGAAGCUGUGUACGAAGAACCCCCUAGUGAACGAGUUAUCUAUGAUGAACCCCCUGAGGAACAGCCCGAAGAUACUAAAUAUGACUAUGUUGAUAACUACCAACAAAAUCUUAACUUGGAGGGAAAAGGCUUAUGUGCUCGAGCUCUCUAUGAUUAUCAAGCUGCUGAUGACACGGAGAUCUCUUUUGACCCUGAGAACAUUAUCACGAGCAUUGAGAUGAUCGAUGAGGGCUGGUGGCGUGGUUAUGGUCCCGAUGGUCACUUUGGGAUGUUCCCUGCCAACUAUGUAGAACUCAUUGAAUAAUUGGCCUUUGCUGGAGGAAGAAUGCAAGCAAUACCUGAAAGAACAAUUCCUAUCAAAUCCAAUUCUUCAAGGUGGAAUUGUGUGGCUUUUUAAGAGUGAAGUGCUCAUUGCUCUGUGCCCUUGUUGCUGGAGCAGUAUCUGUCCCUGCCCAGUGAAGCAGACCUCUUCCUUUCCCUCCUUUUAAUUUUCCUUAAUGGGUACUUUUCAAGUGAAGGUAGGGAAUCAGUCUUGACAUUGCAUAACGCUUUCCUUCACUUUUUUUAAUGGAAAAAUUGCCCUUUAGCACACCCUCUUCAAACACACAGAGAGACGCUCUGAACACCAGUGUGGAGUAUUUAGAAGAUAGUGCUUAGCAGAAAUAGAUUCCUAACCUUCCCUUCUCCCCAAUGCAAACUGAUUUUUUCAUUCCGUGUGUUGCAACCUUCUAAGAUAGCAUAAGGAGGUGUCUUAAGAAACAUCUACUGCGUUUAUUUAAUAGCCUGUGUAACUUGUCUGUGUGAUUUGGGCCUGCAGUCCACAGUUAUUCCAGAGCACUGCUUUGGAGAAAAUGGAUUGCGAGUUGCAGGCUUCUCCGCUCCCUUUUCUUUGAGAUGCCAAUCCACUAGGAGCUGCUUCAGGGCAAGCCCUGUUGAAAUGAAUGGUUUUGUGCGAUCACUCCCCAGUGUUCUUGUGCAACUUGCCUUCCAUUCCAGUGGAGUCAUUCCUGAAUGGGAGAUUGUGCCCUCAAACUACUCUAACCUUUGUGCAAGGACCAAGUUGCCUGGCUUUUAGGUUGUCAAGUUUAUGUGGAAAAUUCCCCCCUUGCUUUUAAAGUAAAAGCUUGCCAUGUUUCUUGAGACAUGGCUUCAGAGACAAAACACCAUUAAAGCAGGUAAUAGACAAAUGCCCUGCAAGCAAUGCUAGCUUUCAGCUGUGGUGCACAUUGCUUUAAAUACAAUGCUCUGUCUGUACAUGUUUGUGUGGUUUGGUUCAGAUGUGAGGGACUUGAUUUCUGCAUUAUCUUUUCUGGGGUUUUUUUUAAAAAGCCUUAUGUUGCAUAUACAUAUUUGGAUUAAUUCCUCCCCUCCCCUUGAAUAUUCAAAUAAAACAGAACCUAAAAGAAACCUCAGACACAACUUAGCCCUCAGGAGUGUCCCAGAUUUGUGCUGUGUAAUUGCGUGACACUGUGCAUCACUCUGACUGACACCAGCUAAUAGUACUAAACUAGUAAGGGUGUUUGUGACUCAUGCCUGGUUCAGGUGCUGAAUUUUAAGUGGCUUUCAUCCAGCUCCCACUGAGCAUCACCUCUUUAUGACGUACUAGCUACAGGUGUAUGUUGUUGUUUUUUUAAAAAAACAAUUAGCCAUUUUUUACAUUCCUAUUAUUUGUCUUGCUCAAGGCAGCCUGGAUAGGAUUCUCAAGGAACUUCAAACAUGCAUCCUGUGCAGGUAUCUGAGGUAGAGAAUGAGUAUUAUAAAGGUUAAUCUGUUUGCUUAGGGUGUAAAAGAAAUGGCCUUGCAAGGUUCAAGUCCUGUCUCCCCUGCUUUUAUGCAUGAUGUGGUGGUGAUUAUGGAACUAAGAGAUUCUAAGGCAGUUCUCUGCUGAUCUCCCAACUAAGUUGUAAUCAGUGGCAUUUUAGAAAGUGACAGGCUUUU